CCGGCUCUCCCCCAAUACCAUCCUCACGCAUAUUCAAACACUAUCAUAUCCCUCUCCGCCAUGCCAAACCCUUCACAACUCCUGCUCCUUGCCGACCAUAUCAAGUUAUCGCUCCUCGAACGGCAACGAGCCAUCUCGCUCGACCUAGAACCCAAUAGUCAAGAUGGCGAGAUCUCACGCUCCCUCGACUCCUUGAAAGAGGGCAUCGAUGCCGUGGAAUCCGACUGCGCACGACUAGAAGAAGCCAACGAUGAAAGCGCCACCGAGAUGAGAGACCAGCUCGACCACCUAUACUCCCAGUAUCGAGACCUGACAUCCCAAUUCCGCGGCUCGGAUGCCACAGCAGAGGACGAUCCCGUCGAGUUCACCAACAUCAAGAAGUCAUCACCGGACCUGAAACAGCCCGUCCCGCAACAUCCUUCUUCCAAAUCAGUCCGUUUCAUGGACAACGCCGCCGAAGAGGACGAUCUCAAUCGCCGCAACCUUUUCCAGCCAUACCGCGACUCGCCCUCCCCACAGGGCGUCGACACAUCCGACAUGUCCAACCAGCAGGUCUACGAUCAUCAUGAGCAGAUCAUGCGCGACCAAGACGAGCAGUUAGACCGACUCGGCGAAUCCAUCGGACGACAACACCAACUCAGUAUCCAGAUUGGGGAUGAACUUGAGGGCCAUGUCGCGUUGCUGGAUGACAUGGAUGGCCAUGUAGAACGGCAUCAGGGUCGGUUAGACAAGGCCAAACGCCGGCUGGAUAAAUUUCGGCGAAGUGCGAGUGAGAAUUGGAGCAUGAUGACAAUCAUCGGGUUGAUCAUCGUCCUCGUCAUACUGAUCGUCCUGCUCAAAUGAGUGUGGGUGUGGACCCCCUCCUCUCGUAUAUGAUACUUCUUGUCAUGACACUGUUGUUGUGUGAUCGGGAUUACUACGGAGUACUCUGUUGAUGAUCCCCCGGGCGAAAUGGCGUUAUUUGCGUUGAAUUGGAGUUGUCCAUACUACUAAGCCAUCGGGUUGGUGGAAGGGAUUCUGUGGCGUUACAAUAGGUAUAUUUGCUUGCAGCUUUAACACUUUUACAGUCCACCCGGCAUCUGUUUCGAAUACACUAUAUAUCAUUCCUUUGAAUUACUCUAUAGCAG